AACGAACAAACAAGACCAAGAAAGAAGUAGAAGAAAAACAAGAACAAGAAGAUGCCGAAGAACAAAGGAAAGGGAGGCAAGAACCGCAAGAGGGGAAAGAACGAAGCCGAUGACGAGAAGAGAGAGCUCCUCUUCAAAGAAGACGGCCAGGAAUACGCGCAGGUCACGCGCAUGUUAGGCAACGGCCGACUGGAAGCCAGGUGCCAUGACGGCGUUACCCGCCUGUGUCACAUCUCGGGAAAGUUACAUAAGAAGGUCUGGAUUGCCGCCGGUGACAUUCUCCUUGUCGGUUUAAGAGACUUCCAGGAUGGCAAGGCUGAUGUCAUCCACAAGUACAUGCCUGAUGAGGCCCGUUUACUCAAGGCUUAUGGGGAGCUGAACGACACCUUUAGGCCUAAUGAGGGCGGUGACGAUGUCGACGAGGACAACAGCGACGGUGAUAACAUCGCAUUUGAGGACGUUGAUGUUGAUAUAAUUUGAGUCCUACUCCACUGGGAUCAUAUUUUGUAGUUAAAUUUGUGAGGUUUGGUUUUUAUUAUGUCGGUUCCAUCAGAAUUAUUGAAUGUUAUAGUUAUUAAACGUAUUCGAUCAGAGGUAAGAUAGGGUUUAUAAUUGUUCGAUUACAUAACAUGAUCUUGCUAGCCUCAGUG